CCGCUCGGCCCAAGAUGGCGGUGGUGGCGUGCGGACUGGGGCUGGGGCCGCAGGUGCUGUCCCGGAGCCGGGAACUGCCUUACGUCUGGCGCGCUCUGCACACCUCGGCGGCCUGCGCCAAGAACCGGGCGGCCCGAGUCCGCGUGAGCAAGGGGGACAAGCCGGUGAGCUACGAGGAGGCGCACGCGCCGCACCACAUCGCGCACCGCAAGGGCUGGCUGUCGCUGCACACCGGGAACCUUCACGGGGAGGAGCAGGCCGCGGAGCGCACCGUGGAGGACUUCUUCCUGCGCAGGUUCAUGCAGGGCACCUUCCCCGGCUGCCUGGCCGACCAGCUGGUCCUGAAGCGCCGGGCCAACCAGGUGGAGAUCUGUGCCCUGGUCCUGCGGCAGCUGCCGCCGCACAAGUUCUACUUCCUCGUGGGCUACAGCGAGACGCUGCUGUCCCACUUCUACAAGUGUCCCGUGCGGCUGCACCUGCAGACUGUGCCCUCGAAGGUUGUGUAUAAGUACAUCUAGGCCACGGCCCGCACACGCUGAGCCUGCCACGGACAGGCACGGGGGUGGGGGUGCGGCAGAAUGAGGGGCACCGUGCCCCCCACCCCCGUCCUGACGGCUGUGGACAGAGGCCGGCGAGUGGGGUGCUGUGUGCACAGCGCUAAGCUGCCGUUUGUGACAUCUCGCCCGUGUCGGGGCCUGGUCCGGUGCUGGCCCUGCCGCGCAUCCUGGCUUUCCUGCUCACACACCGCUGGGCCGGCUCAGGCACUCGAGCUCUUGCCGCUCAUGGGAGACCUGGAUCGAGCUGCAGGCUGCUGGCCUCGGCUUGGGUCAGCCCUGGCUGUCGUGGCCAUUCGGGGAGUGACCAGCAGACGGAUGACCUCUUUGUUCGCCUCUGCCUUUUAAAUAAAUAAAUAAAGAUGGAAAAAUA